AGAGGUCAAAGGUCACUGAAGACUGAAGUUCUCAUUGUGCUGAAAUGGCACAAAGACUCUGAAGGAGGAAGAGAGUUUAAUGCAUUAAAAGAAGAAAGAUUUCACAACGAGCCAGAGACACAAACUGACUGACGACAACUGACAGAUUCAUCAGAGAAGCGACUGUUACUGAGUAACUGACCUGGAAGAGAAAAUUCAUGAAACCACAUGAGGAUUCUUCACUUAACAUCUGGAAGCAGAAACCGUUGAAGUUUGUUCAGUUGUCUUGUCUCACAGGUUUCAGUCCAUCAACUGUCACUCAUCAGCUGUCACUCAUCACCUGUCACUCAUCAGUUGUUCAGUGGAACAUGGCUGUCAGCUCGCCCAAGGACAAGUAUUUUGGAGUGUGGCUGAUCUUCUUCCUGCUUGGUUUGGGGACGCUGCUGCCAUGGAACUUCUUCAUGACUGCUACCAUGUACUUCACCAGCCGCCUGAAGGAUCCGCCGGUUGAUUCUUCAACCAAUCAGACGGAGGCAGCGGGUGAACGUCGCAGCGUCCUGGAGGCCAAGUUCAACAAUGUGAUGACGCUGUGUGCUAUGUUGCCUCUGCUGAUCUGCACCUGCCUCAAUUCUUUCUUACACACAAUGAUCAGUCAGCGUCUGCGUGUGAUGGGAAGUUUACUCAUCAUCAUGUUCGUCUUCAUCAUCACCUCUGUCCUCGUUAAAGUUCCUCUGGAGCCGCUGACCUUCUUCUCCGUUACCAUGGUGAAGAUCAUCGUCAUCAACUCCUUCGGGGCCGUGCUGCAGGGCAGUUUGUUCGGGAUGGCUGGUUUGCUUCCAGCCUCUUAUACGACCCCCAUCAUGAGCGGUCAGGGACUCGCUGGAACCUUUGCUGCCUUCGCCAUGAUCUGCGCCAUCGCAAGUCUGAUCCAUAACUCCCCAAUAACUCACCGGUGUCUCAUCGGUGGAUCUGAACUUCAUGAUGCAGCGUUUGGUUAUUUCAUCACAGCCUGUUUUGUUAUAUUUCUGUCCCUCCUCUCUUACAUGCUGCUUCCUAAGCUGGAGUUUUUCCAGUUCUAUCGAGAUAGAAACAGGAAACAAAGACGAGACGACGACAAUUCAGUGAAUCUGAUGAACAAAGACAGUAAAGAGGAAACAGCUGCUCAGUCAGGAGGACAAAACGUCUCCAUGAUGAAAAUAUUUAAGAAGAUCUGGCUGUUGGCUCUCUCUGUCUGUUUCACCUUCACCGUCACCAUCGGCAUCUAUCCUGCCGUCACGGCCGACACCAAGUCCACGCUCGCCGAUGGCGACUCCUGGGACCUGUAUUUCACACCCGUCUGCUGUUUCCUGCUCUUUAACCUGUGUGACUGGGGUGGGCGGAGCUUAACAGCCGUCUGUAUGUGGCCGCAGAAAGACAGCGUGUUACUCCCGGUGUCCAUCAUGUGUCGCCUGCUGUUCGUUCCUCUCUUCAUGUUGUGUAACGUUCAGCCUCGUGUCCUCCUGCCCAUCUUCUUCCACCACGACGGCUUCUUCAUCGUCUUCAUGAUCUUCUUCGCCUUCAGUAACGGAUACCUGGCGAGCCUCUGCAUGUGCUACGGACCAAAGAACGUUCUUCCUCACGAAGCAGAAACAGCCGGCACCAUCAUGGCGUUCUUCCUGUCGCUGGGUUUGGCGUUGGGAGCGGCCCUGUCCUUCGUCUUCAGAGCUCUGGUCUGAACAGAACCAACAUCAUCCUGAAGGUGGCGUUGCAGGAAACAUGAAGACUCAGUGAUGUUCAUAUCAGGAACCUCUGUCUGAAUUUAGCCAUUUCUGAUUGGCUGAAAGGCAGUGACAUCACACACCGGCUUUGAACGCUGAUUGGCUGAAAAGCAGAUUAGUGAUUUUCCUCGAGGCACAGUGGGUGACAUCACUGCCAAUCAGCUUCCAAACAGGCAUGUUUUCACCAGGUUCUGUACGAGUUCAUCUUCAACUGAUGUUCAAAGACACAAGUCGUUUACUUCCAUGUUCAUUAGUCUGACACUUUUCUUCAUGUAUGACAGCGACUUUUCCCAAAUAUGGAAAAAAAUCAUUGGAAGCAGUAACAUGUUAAAUAUCAGCAGAUUCAUGAUGUCAUAACCCUAUUAAAAUAAGUGAGAUAUUGUGAUAUUCA